AUGGAAGAAGUGAAGAUUAAGAAGAGAGAACGAGAUGAGUCGGAGGAGUCGGACUCGGUGACUGAUUUGCCGGAGGUUAAGAGGCUGCGGGAGGAGUUAUUGGAAAAUUUAGGCGAUGAUGAUUCGGAGUUCUGCACAACGAAUCAGGAUCUUGACUCUUUCAUGAAGAGUUUCGAGGAGGAAAUUAUGGGUUCGCCUUCACCGACAGUGGAUUUGAAGUCAGGUCCUGAAGAGUCUCAGCCGGAUCUGGGGUAUUUGUUGGAGGCUUCGGAUGACGAGCUUGGGCUUCCUCCGUCCACUGCAUCUCCGGCGGGCGUUUUGAGCGAAGAGAAGACCGAGUGGGACCGAGUGAACUCUGACUCGUCCGAACUAGGUGGCGAGUUGUGGGAGUUUCCGAGUUAUGACUCGUACGAGUUCGGAAUCGACGGAACGGAGACCUAUAAUGACAGUAGUAACGGCGAGUAUGUGGCCCUAGACGAAUUAUUUGACUAUUCGGAUAUGGGUUCCGGGUUGAAUGACUUUGAAUGGAAACCCGAAUUACCAGCCCAAUAG